GCGGGGCUCAUGGCGACGUAUCUGCUGCGCACGGCGAUGGACUGGCGCAGCAGCCGCGUCGACACAUUGGAGCAGAAGGCGGCGGCGCGGAAUGAAGAGGAAAUAACACUAGAAGAUGCUAGAAAUAGCGGUGACAAUAACAAUGAGGUGAAGAUUGAGAGGGGGGAGGGGGAACAGGAGGAUCCGCUGGAGGUGGAGGCCGAGCCGGACGCUGCGUCGGUGGACGACCAGAUGCCGGCGCUGGAGGGGGUCGAAGAGAAGGAGGGGGCCGCAGUGCAGAAGGAGAAGAAGCAGUUCGAAGUGACGUACCAGUGUUUUCCAGAUGUGGAGGCGACGACGGAGUCGGACGAGGACGCAGUUGAUGAAUUGGCGCGGCGGUCGAUGCAGUACUUGGACGUGUUGCUGCAGACGGACAAGUGUGGAGUCGGCUUGAAUGUGGGGCUCAGUCGACUGGAUGAAGGAGAGGAAGAGGGCGCGUGGGUGCUCGUCGUGCAGUCCUUUCGGAGAGUGAGUGGCGAGGAUGUAGGACCCGCUGAAGCUUGUGGGAAGAUCCUAGUGGGGGAUAUUCUACACGCAGUUGAUGGCGAGGAAGUGUGUUCGCUGCAGCAGUUGCAUGCAAAGCUGCAGGGUAGAUUGGGAAAGAAGAGGAAGUUUGUGCUGCUGCGAUUUCUGAGACCGUUGGCACUGGGCGAGGGUCCCGAAGCGUCGACUGCGUCACUACUGGAUCAAAGACGACGGCCCGUUGGUGCAGACAAGGCUAGCUGGUCCGAGGUUGACGACCUGCUUCGGAGCAAUCCUCAGUUGGCUGCAUUUGUUCGACAGUUGGCAACGACCAACCAAUUGCUGCAAGAGCAGCUUGUUGCCAGUAAGCUGAAGCAAGAAGAGCAGAACAUCCAGCUCGACCAACUCCAUGCGCUAUACGCGCGGACACAAGCAGAAGGGCUGCCGCUGUUCUCAUUGUCCAAGUCCAUCCGUCCGUUCUCAAGAAUAACCAGCUCCUCCCGUCUUGGCGAUGCCGGAGCUGAGAAGCCGAUUCCUACGAAAAUCCAGACUGAAGUGACGGAAGCGGUCAGUGCAGAGUAUUCCCGUCUACGACAGGAGUUCCAGCUGCAGCACCUACUCGACAAGCGUGAACUGGAGAAGAAGUAU